AUGGCGGGAGCAGGUCAUGUAAGUUGUUAUGCUACUGCCACAAAAUGGACUCACUCCAAGCUGAGCCGCACUGGUGCCGUAGUCGAGACAGACUCAGACCUGGAGACGGUGCUCUCGGUCAGCAAGACGGAGGAAGACAGCCUUCACUGCUCGCCUGAACGUAGUUCCAGCUCUCUGCGUAGGGAAGGGCCGAAGCGUUCCAGGGAGGGCAUGAAGGAGGAGAAGUCCAAGCUAGCCUGGGCGGACCAGAAGGUAGAGGAGGGCCGUCUACACUUUGCGCAGAUGCCGCAAAUGAAAGCGACGAAGGGCAAAUAUGCCAAAAAGGUGGAGGAGAUUCUCGCCACCAAAAGGCAACGAUCGACCGAGAGCGUCAGUAAGGACACUCCGGCGAGCAAGCGGCAACGCGGGCCCAAGGGGGCGGGACCUCCACCCAAAACGGCAAAGAACCCUAAACCCAAGGCGAAGGUCAAUGAGGUGACCAAACGACACCUGAUCGUGGCACUCAACCGGAGCGAUGAGAAUGGCAAGAUGACGGCGACGCGGUGGAAGAUGGUGCACGUGCAGCUCGUAGAAUCGCUGUUCGGAAGAAUGGAGGAGUACCCAACGGCCCCCAUGCCCACAUUCGAUGGUGCUGGGUGGCUGAACGGGGUCAAAAUACUAAAAUGUAUGGACGAUCCCACACUCAAGUGGCUAACGCAAAUGGUCUGCCAACUGGAGGCGUUAUCCUAUGCCUUCAGGAGGAACAGGUCCAGUGUACUUUGCAUCAACGACCUGAUCAAUAAGGUCCUAGCACUACACGCGAGGGGAUACCAGGUUGUAGCGGCCUGUCUUGACCUACAAAAGGCUUUCGACUGUGUAAGAGUGGAUAAUCUUGAGCAGAAGAUAAGUGUCAUGCAGUUUGACCCAAAUCUCAUUACCUGGAUCACCAGUUUUCUCAACAGGCGUAUACUCAUCAAGGGCUAA